UGAGAGUGAAUCGGAGUGAUGACAUUGUUCCUAAGUACCAGCUGAGUGCACCUAUACAUCUACCUCUGUGGUGGAAGGGCUAUUCAUCUGUCUGAGCCACCACAGGUGGAGCAUUGGGACAAAGGGACAAACAGGCAGAUAGAUAAAACCCUGUCCUGUGUAGAGUCUGCUCUGCUGUUGACACUUUGAUAUGUAUUAUACGUCUCAGGUUUCCCGAUUGUUUCAGAGGAAAUUAGGGAUUGAUUCUGGAUCAUCCAGGGUUCUGGGUUUCACAGUAAGCCAGGGCAUGGGUGAUGCUGGAUCCUGGAGAAACAAUACUGUGAUAUGUGAAGAAAGACCACCAAGACGGACAUGGAUUAAAGAGUGAGGUGCUCCUUUGAUGCUCAUCUGAUGACUGAAUUUCCAUGUAUGCAGCCUGCCUCAGUUCUGGUCAAAAAGAGGAAUUGCCUGUGGAAAGGUGCAAAGAUCAUCGCUUUUAAGGGUUUUUGUUUGUUUGUUUUUUAGAAUUGUUAAUCAUUACUUCUUUAGCCAGCCUCUUGUUAUGAUUGACACGUUGUAUGACUCGGUUCUCGGUUGUAUUGCUACGAUUGAGGGAUUCCUGAAGCAUCCAUCGCUUCUACAAAGAGUCAAAUGGAGAAAAAAUAUCCAGUAAUUGCAGGAAGAGAAAAAGGACCAGGGCCUGGGUGCUAUGGGCUUCCUCCCACCAUUGGAUUUGUUGGCCAUGACUUCACCAAGCCAACAAGUCCUGCAUAUUCUUUCCAUGGCAAGAUGAGUGACAAUAUGUAUUGUGUUGACUCAAGUCCAGGGCCUCAGUAUCAUAUUGAUGCAAAAAUCACUCGUUUUGGAAGGGAUGGCACACCUGCAUACUCAAUGCUGGGCAGAAUGAAAGCACAGAAGGAGCUAUUCCAGACACCUGGACCAGGUGCAUACAGCCCUGAGAAAGCCCCACCAUGCAACCUCCAGCGCAGAGCCCCAUCCUACACAAUGAGCUCUCGUACACGAUACCGGAGCAUUGACUCUGUACCUGCUCCUAACAAGUACUGUCUCCCUCCGCUCAUGGGCCCUCAAGUCCCAAACAAACCAGCCAGCGCAAGCUACACAAUGUCAGGGAGUUACAGCACAGGGGGACCAUCUGUGGAUUUAGCCAAGACGCCAGGGCCUUGCAGAUACAACAGCACAGACCCAAGUGUUUAUCUACCCCGACAGCCAGCAUUUUCAAUGCUGGGACGUCACAGCUUGCCCAGAGAUGCCACCAAUAAACCCGGUCCUGGAACUUAUAAACCAGAGAAAGUGACAGUUCACAAGGCUCGAGCACCAGCCUUCUCCCUGGGCAUCAGACACUCAGAAUUUGUUACUCCACUAGUUGUCAAUGUUUCUGACUGAU